CUUAUUUUUUUUAUACCAUAGAAUCUAUAAUAGCAAGAGAGGAAGAUGGCAAGGAUAAUAGAACCUCUAAUAGUAGGAGGAGUGAUAGGAGAUGUGAUUGAUCCUUUCAACCCAUCCGUACACAUGUGUAUUAACUAUAAUUCUAAGCAAGUUUUCAAUGGCUCUGAGCUUCUACCUUCUGCAGUCACCUCCAAGCCUCGGGUCCAGAUCAAUGGUGCAGAUAUGCGUACUUUCUUCACCUUGGUGUUAACAGACCCAGAUGUACCUGGACCAAGUGAUCCUUAUUUGAGAGAGCACCUUCACUGGAUUGUGUCAGAUAUACCAGGCACAACGGACUCCACAUUUGGGACAGAGUUAAUAAGGUAUGAAAUCCCAAGACCCAACAUAGGAAUCCACAGGUUUAUUUACAUCCUCUUCAAGCAGAAACGUCGGCAAACAGUAUUGCAUCUGCCUUCAUCAAGGGAUUACUUCAACACUCGGCAAUUUGCAGCCGAAAAUGAUCUCGGACUUCCUGUUGCUGCUGCCUACUUUAAUGCGCAAAGAGAAACUGCUGCUAGAAGACGUUAAUUUGCUGCACAAGCAUAUCAUAUGCAGGCAGCUAUACAUCAAGCAUAUCAUUAUUAUGGCUAAUUACGCUUUUAUAACUAAUUAGCAGUGUGCUCUCCAUGCAUUAUAUUUAUCUAACUAAUAAGUCUGUUAUUCAUUGUGGGUGGACGAGUGUGUGCAUGCAUCUAUAUGCAUUAUUAUCUGAAAGUAUUAUGUGUGCUUUGAGUUAUAGUUUAUAUGAUGUAUCUGUGAAAUAAUG